CAGUUUACAGCUGCAGAGGAAAAGCAGCGCCCGGGACGCUGAGCGUGGGUGACGUGGGGCUGGCAGCCGUGGGAGGGCGACACGUGUGCCGGGCUGCACCCACUGCUGAUCUGCUCCUGUCUGCUGCCUGCGUAAGCCCUGCUCCCCGAGGAGAGGCCGAGGUCUGCGUAACCGCUGCAAAACGGCAGGAAAAGCUGUUUUCUUCUGGUGGAACAGCCCCUUGCCUCCGGUAGCAUCUGCUGCCUAAUUAGCAUCAUCACAGGAGCAGAGAGUGUGGACAGGAAGGGGCUUGUGGAGACAGCAGGGAAAAAGGUCACGAUGAAGAACCAAGGUGGGGAGACCAAAGCGGCCCCACGGCCCACCACCAAUUCCAAACUCAGCAGUGGACUGGUGCUGGAUGAGAGCGACUCGCCGGAGGCAGCAGCACCCCUGGAAGCUCCUCUGGCGCAGGAGGACACCAAGUCCUCCCGGCCUGCCGUGCGCGACGUCUCCGAAGAGCUAAGCAGACAGCUUGAGGACAUCUUGAACACGUACUGUGUGGAUGCCAGCCAGGAAGGUCCGGGUGAGGACGGCGGGCAGAGCGAGCCCACGGAGCCGGAGGAAGCCGAGAAGUGUCGCAGCGAGUCCCCGAGGAACGGCGAUCAGGAGACAGGCAGCCCGGAGAUGAAUGGAGAGAAGGAAAGCACAAAGGGCACUGAAGAGUUCCGACCCGGCGAGGAGUGUGGGGAGCGGGAUCAGAAGAAAGCUCAGGAAAAGAAGAAAGCUAAGGGCCUAGGCAAAGAAAUCACUUUGCUGAUGCAGACGCUGAACACCCUGAGCACACCAGAGGAGAAACUAGCAGCGCUAUGCAAGAAAUACGCUGAGCUGCUGGAAGAGCACCGUAACUCCCAGAAACAGAUGAAGAUCUUGCAGAAGAAGCAGACGCAGCUGGUGCAAGAGAAGGAUCACCUGCAGAGUGAGCACAGCAAGGCCAUCCUGGCCCGCAGCAAGCUGGAGAGCCUGUGCCGCGAGCUCCAGAGGCACAACCGCACCCUCAAGGAGGAGGGUGUCCAGCGUGCACGGGAGGAGGAGGAGAAGCGGAAGGAGGUGACAUCCCACUUCCAGGUGACGCUGAACGACAUCCAGCUCCAGAUGGAGCAGCACAAUGAGAAGAACUCCAAGCUGCGCCAGGAGAACAUGGAGCUGGCAGAGCGGCUCAAGAAGCUCAUCGAGCAGUACGAGCUGCGGGAGGAGCACAUCGAUAAGGUUUUCAAACACAAGGACCUACAGCAGCAGCUGGUGGAUGCCAAGCUCCAGCAGGCGCAGGAGAUGCUGAAGGAGGCAGAGGAGAGACACCAGCGGGAGAAGGACUUUCUGCUGAAAGAAGCUGUGGAAUCGCAGAGGAUGUGUGAGCUGAUGAAGCAGCAGGAGACCCAUCUCAAGCAGCAGCUUGCGCUCUACACAGAGAAAUUUGAAGAGUUCCAGAAUACCCUUUCCAAAAGCAGUGAAGUGUUCACAACGUUUAAACAGGAGAUGGAGAAGAUGACGAAGAAAAUCAAGAAGCUGGAGAAAGAGACCACCAUGUACCGCUCCCGCUGGGAGAGCAGCAACAAGGCUCUCCUGGAAAUGGCUGAGGAGAAAACCCUUCGGGACAAAGAGUUAGAGGGGCUUCAGGUGAAAAUCCAGCGCUUGGAGAAACUGUGCCGAGCCCUGCAAACGGAGCGCAACGACCUCAACAAGAAGGUGCAGGACCUGUGCGCCCACGCGCCCCGUUCAGACGCAGACCUCUUGGAGCCUUUGAAGGACCCAUCUCGGGACGGCUCCGAGGCAGCGGCGGGAGCUGCCCCCACAGAGCAGCGCCUUGCGGAGGAUAGCCUGCACUCAGGAAAGCCGACACACAGCACGGAUCCUGCAGAGAGCCUGGGAGAACUGAGCAUAGGAGCGCUGGGGCAGAGUGGGACUGAGGAAGGCACGCAGGGCGCUGACUGAGCCUGUUGCGCGGUAGGCAGAGCCAGGGAGAGGGAGGGUAGCACCACUGUUUCCAUAGACUCGUCUGAAGCCCCUCUCCUCAUCCUUGGACAGGUGCGAGAGGACAGCCCUCCUCAGGAUCUGAGAUUUCCUAGCUUAGGUUUUCGGAGGGUUUUUAUAAUUUUAUAUAUAUAUGUGAUAUAUAUGAUAUAUAAAAUAUGUGCAGGGCAACGUACAGUUUAUAUACAGAUAUACAUGAAGCCUAGGAUGACCCACCUCCCUGCGUGUGUGUGAAUAACUAAUAUAUGGAGACUCAACUGAUCGUCCCUUCACUAAAAGACCUUGUCCUUGGCAGGCUGUGAUUCCCCCAAUCCUAGCGCAGCUCAGGAACGCAGGCACGUGGAUCUGCCCUGGCACGUGGCGCUGGGACAGCUGGGUGUGUCGCCACCUCCGCCUUCACAUCGACUCUCGCAUCGAGUGAAAGCAAACAAGCC